AUGGAAAGCGUCAUUCCUCCUUCUAUAAAAGAAAUCAUGGGAAUGACGAUUUGGCCCACCUCCCUAUCAGUCAGCACUCACUUUGAAGGACAGUACUCCAAAACUACCCCCUACGGGAUGUGGUAUGGGAGGACAAUACCCCAAGAACUUAAACAUAUACUUGCCCGUGAAAGAGAGAAGAAAAGGUCACACUUCCUGCAAUUUUUAGGGCCAAAUGAAGAACCCUUGUUGCUGCAUCCCUUGGUUUUAAGCUUUUUGGCCUUCAUUUUCAUUCUCCUAUUCAAAUGGUCCUCCACUCUUCUAAACAACAACAAAAACUCACCACCUUCACCACCAAAGCUCCCAAUCAUCGGAAACCUUCACCAAAUCGGCUUGCACCCUCACCACUCACUCCAAGACUUAGCUCAACUCUAUGGCCCUCUAAUGUUGCUUCAGUUCGGCAAUGUACCAACCCUUGUUGUCUCGUCAGCUGAUGCUGCCCAAGAGAUCAUGAAGACCCAUGAUGUCGUCUUUGCAAACCGGCCCAAAAUAAGAAUGUUUAAGAAACUAUUAUACAAUUUCGAAGAUGUUGCAAUGGCACCAUACGGUGAGUACUGGAGGCAAAUGAAAAGCAUAUUAGUGUUACAUCUUUUGAGUAACAAAAAGGUUCAGUCCUUUCGUGCAGUGAGAGAGGAAGAGCUAUCUCUACUGAUUGAGAAAAUCAGACAGUCUUGUUCUUCUUCAGCUGUGAAUUUAAGCGAAGCUUUUGCAGAGUUUACUAAGGAUAUUAUAUGUAGGGUGGCCUUGGGAAGGAAGUAUGGUGAAGGGGAAGGGGAAAGUGGGAGGAAUUUUAAGGAGCUUCUGGGGGAGCUAAUGGAGUUGUUGGGUGUCAUCAACGUGGGGGAUUAUAUUCCAUGGCUUGCAUGGGUGAGCCGUGUCAAUGGCUUAGAUGCUAAAGCAGAAAAGGUAGCUAAACAACUUGAUGAUUUUCUAGGAGUAAUUGAAGAGCACAUAAAUGGUCAAAAGAAAGGGGAUGAUAACGAUAAUUUAGAAAAUGAAGACCAGAAGGACUUUGUCGAUGUAUUACUUUGGGUUCAAAAGGAAAACGUGAUCGGUUUCCCUAUUGAAAGAGUAAGCAUUAAGGCUAUAAUUCAGGAUGUAUUCACUGCUGGUACUGACACUACGUACUCAGUGUUAGAGUGGGCAAUGACAGAGCUUUUAAGGCAUCCAAAAACGAUGAGGAAUAUGCAAAAUGAAGUGAGAGAGAUCACUAGAAACAAAAAGGACAUAAGAGAGGUUGAUUUGGAUGAAAUGCAUUAUUUAACUGCAGUGAUCAAAGAGACACUUCGCUUGCAUCCUAUUCUUCCACUGUUAACUCCUCGAGAAUCAUGUAGAGAUGCCAAAAUACAAGGUUAUGAUAUUGCAGUGGGAACUCAAGUUUUUAUCAAUGUGUGGGCAAUUGGAAGAGACCCUAGGCUAUGGGACAAUCCAGAGGAAUUUCAUCCAGAAAGGUUCUUGACUUCUUCUAUAGACUUUAAAGGACAUAAUUUCCAAUUCAUUCCAUUUGGAGCUGGUAGGAGGGGGGAUCCGGAUCCUCUCCAUUCCAAUAUGAAAUGGAGAGUGUCCAGUUAAAGGCUGAGAUUGAUUUAAAAUCAAUCUAUGGCCUAAAAUCAGCCACGCCAUUUAAAAUACACUUAACAGAGCAAUGAGUUACUUAACUUUAGUUUUCAACGUUUCUUCUCACUUUCUCUAUCUCUCUCAUUCUUCUGUCUCUUCUCACUUUCUGUGUCUCUCUCAUCAAAACUCCAUGGCUCCUCUCUCUCACCUCAACUGAGUUUCUCCCUCACUCUCCCUAGCGCUCCACUCUCUCAACCCCGACUGCGCCUCCACCGGUCUCUCCACCUCCACGCUUGCUCUCUGCCUCUCCCUCAACCCCAUCACUUCCCGCAUUCCCAACUCAAACCCAUAAGCAAAAACAAAGAAAAAACAGUAUAUAGUAACUCACCAGCUGAGAUCCCGACCCCACACACUCGCACCCUUUUUAGACCCAGAUUAGAGAGAGAGUAAGGGUUGGGGUUUGGAGAGAAUCGGGUGUUUAAGUGAGAAUUUGAUGCUUUUCAGACCCAGAUGGGUUAGGGUUUGGAUAGAAACGGGUAAGAGAGAAGUUGAUGCUCAAUCUCCAUGGUUACAGCUAGCAGCCACCGUGUUCCGCUCCACCAAUUCCGACGGUGGCUCUGUACCGAUGAGCCUUGCUGGAGCUGA